AUGAAAAUGUUCUCCUUAGAAAGGUCACUGGCACCCUCUCAUAGCUUGUUGAUCCACCAUUUGAAAACACUCACACCGCAACAAUUACGCGGAAUUGUGGAAUGCUACGGUAUUCUUGACGAUAUGUUGUCAUAUCAUCUCAAGGAAAAUUUAGACUACGUGAGUGUUAUACAGCACCGUGACUUAGCAAGUAGAGAGUUGUGCUACUGUUCUUUGAGGGCUUUAAUUUCUUCUCAGGAGAGUCCAAUCAAGAAAGUUGCGUGGAUUCACGAAGAGGCCGUUGCGCUUUUGAAACAAAAAAACUACAUACAGCCAAAUUGUUCUAAUGCGCAGGAUACUGAGAUAUCCCCCCCCAAAGGCUGUCUGGUGUUGUAUUUAUUGGGUAUUCCAACUACAAUUCGUCAGGAAAUUUUGGCGUCCGUUGCCAGUCAAAAAGGUUUUCUUGAUUGCUUUGUUGAUGCGGUAAAUGGUGGGCGAUGCUUUCUGUGUUAUCCCACAGUUGAGGCAGCGGAGCACAUGCGGAGAACUAUUGCACAUCUUCAUCCGGAGUAUAAAAACGACGUUCACUACUGUGAUUACAACGACUUGCUACUAGCGAAGGAAAAGGAAAAGCAAAUCUAA